AUGGGCAGCAACGGAACAUUAACCUCCCUUCAUCAGAACCUAUUCGAGCAAGACAACGUUGUCUUCCCCAACAAUGGCAUCCUCAUGCCUUCUCCCACUUCAGGAAAUGAAGAAAUCCUCUCUCUCAUCUCCUCCUGCAACUUUGUAUUCACCUUUACUGACCCUUCGGAAUCCCCGUCACGGCAAGACCUCAAACGCCUUCAUCUCACGCGCCUCCUAACCCUCGUCAGGUCCUCCAAGAAGGCCCUCCCUGAGAAACUUCUUUCCCCUCUGCUUUCCGUGGUGUCUCUGAAUCUCUUCCGUCCACUGCCUAAUUCUUGCGCGUCAGACUUACCUGAAGAAGAUGACCCCCUUUCUGCUUUUUCACCCGCAUGGUCGCACCUCCAAAUUGUAUACGAUAUCCUUCUAAGACUCGUCAUUACCACCGAAACCGACGUGCUAAGAAAUCAUAUAGAUCACUCUUUUCUUCUUAAGCUAUUGACACUAUUCCAAUCUGAAGACAGAAGAGAACGCGAAAGCUUGAAAAAUGUGUACCACAAAUUAUAUACGAAAUUCGCCAGUGAACGUUCCUUUAUGAGCAAAUCGAUGAAUGAUGUGUUGUUGAACUAUGUGUUUGAGACGCAGAAGAAUUGUGAGAUUGCAGAGUUGCUUGAGAUAUGGGGAACUAUAAUUAAUGCGUUUACGGUGCCACUGAAAGAAGAACACAAGUUGUUUCUGAUGAGAGUGCUAAUCCCUCUGCACAAGCCCAAGGGUGUGCACAUGCACCACAGGCAAUUGGCUUACUGUAUGGUGCGGUUUGUGCCGAAGGAGCCGAUGCUUGGAGGGGUUAUGGUUGGCGGACUCUUGAAAUUAUGGCCUGUCACGAAUUGCCAGGAAGAGCUUCUGUUGAUCGGAGAAUUGAAAGAUCUGGUGGAGAAUUUGGAGGUUGAUCAGCAUAGAAAGUUGGCUUUGCCCUUGUGUACACAGGUCAUUAAAUGCAUUAACAGUUGGAAUUCCCAGGUAGCAGAACGUGCGUUGUAUGCAUGGAACAACGAGCAGUUCGUAAAAAUGGUGUCAACGGCAAUGGCGGAAGUGUUUCCGGUGAUAGUGGAAGGGAUGGAGAGGAACCUGAAGUGGCAUUGGAGCAGAAACGUUCGACAAUUAACAGAAAGUGUAAAGGUAAUGCUUGACGAUAUGGAUCCCGUUCUUUAUUCCAGGAGUCUCCAAGACCUGAAAGCCAGAGAACUGGCUGCCCGUCAAGAAGAUAUCAAGAGAUGGGAAAAAAUUGAACUGCUAGCAACCCAGAAUCAAUUUAUCAGCUCCAGACCUUGUAUCUGUGUCUCCAAUUGA